AUGCCCACUGCCACAGAUGCCGAGAGGCAGGGAUGGCAUCUUCCCGAUGGCCCCGCGAGGGAGUGUGGACCUAAGACCCUGAUUUUGUCCUUCUGGCCUCCCGAACUUCGAGAGCAUAACCAGGGACCACCCAAAUAUUACUUUAUUUGGGUAUUGGGCUUAAAUUCUUUUGGGGGGGGGGCUGAAAAUUUUUAUGGCAAUACUAACUAUCUCACUAAUACAAACCUAUCUUUUUUUUUUCCCCUCCUAGGCCCUGCAGGAGCGGCUAAAGAUGUAACAGAAGACUCGUUAACAGAAGAUGACAAGAGGCGAAACUAUGGAGGAGUGUAUGUUGGUCUCCCAUCUGAAGCUGUCAACAUGGUAUCUAAUCCAACAAAGACAGUUCAAAAAAAUUAGAAGAAAAUAUCAUGACAAUAAUCAAGAGCAGUGUUCAUCAAGAUUUAGAGACGUUGCAAUGUGCAGACAUUUCCAAGGAAAUUCUAAACAGUCACCUGCCUCCCCAACCUCCCCAAAGUUCUUAAGUCUGUGGUUAAAGCCAUGGGUGCCUAUUGAACGAUGUACUACUAGAAAGGACUUAGACAGUACACCUGUAUAUGGAACUUUCCACGGUCCACCUACGACAGACGAGCUAACAGACUUGCCCAGCCAGCCUGCUCUGCGCCAGCAGCAUUUCCACCCUGGCCACUCAACCGGUUCAUGAAGAUGACGUCUUUUCACUGAUACUUUUUUGAUAGUUUUUAUAUAACCAAGUCCUUAUUCUAUUUGUAACUGAAGAUAAUAAGGCACUAUAGACGAAUUCCCUGAAAUAAUAUAUUUGUCUGCUAUCUUUCA